UUUUUACACCUUAAAAAAUCUUUAGUGUGUUUUCUAUAUAAUUUAUCAAAUUAUUAAGUAUGCUGGUAAAGAAAAAGAAUAAAAUGUGAUGGAAAAUAAACAGCUUCCAUCUCAAAAGAAAUCAUUGCUUAAUAAAGAAGAGAAGAUUAUUAGGAAUAUUGAUUACGAAAAUUCUUCUGUCGCAAAAAUAUCGGAAGACUCACCAAAAAGUCACCUGUAUUUAGAUGUAGAAAUAAUUCAAGAUAGUCCUUUCGAUCAAGAACCGACUCAAAAAGUACUGGUUUCCAUUAAGCCGAGGGCACCUGGUAUUAAAACUCUAUAUUUAGCUGAAAAAGAUAGAUUUAACACGAAAAAGCGUUCGCAUAAAACUGGAUCGCGACUAGCGAUUGGAGAUCAUUUGUCUUUUCCGAAUCGUUGCGCUACAGAUAAAUGUCAAAUUGAGUCAAACACUAACGAAGAUAUUAAAAGUGAUAUUUUAAUAAACAAAGAUAGUUUCUCCCAAGCAUAUCUCACAGAAGAUAUUAGUGAAAAUUCGACCACUGUUUCGAAAUGUUUAAAUUCUGAUAAUUUAAGUCAAAAAGAUUGCAAAUUAUAUUAUAGAAAAAACAGAUCCACCGAAAAAUGUUAUGUCUACGCCCAGCCUCAACUAAUUAUGAACCUUCCUAAGGUUAAUGAAACGACAGAAGUUCAAUUAAAAAACGGAAAAACUGACGCGGCUACGGUAACGAAAUCAAAUUCUGACGAUACAUUGAUUUCUGGUCGUAUAGUAAAGAAAUUGAUAAGAAAAAUAAAUAACUUAGAACGUAAACUCUUAAUACAAGAAAUGGUAUUAAGAUCUAUCGAAACUAAUGUACCGACAUCGUCAUCGGAUGAGGAUUGCAAAGGCCAUGUGAGAACUUCCCUGAACAGCCAUCCUGGUUGCAGUUACAUAGAGCAGUACAGUCAUGUUCCUGAAACAUCUGCCUUCCAAAGAUACGCACAGCAAUCCACGUCGGUCUCCGCAAGCAAAGCCACACAUAUGGGGAAAGAACAAAAAGAACAAUAUGGUCGGGAUUUCACAACUUACGACGGCAUCACUGCCCGAGGUAGGCGUCAAAGUUCUUCCGUGCCGGGCAAAAGAGAUGAUAUUCCAAAAAUAGCAGCAGAAAGAGUUCAUAAGAUCCGUCAUAAAUUAAAUCCCGUACGAGAUUAUAGGCUGAUGGAUACGGUUCAUUAUUUAGCUCAAGGAGAAUUCGCUCCACGCGACGAUGGUAUAAAAUUAACACCUUCGCGGGAAGCGGUGUUGAGUGACAUCAUCUGGGAAGAUGUUUGUAGGACCCAUUGGCCAAAUGCAAGGCUCGCUCGUCGUCAAUGCGAACGCACUUCGGAUCGAUACAGCAGCCGAUUUGAAUUGCAACGACUUAUCGAUAAUCUUCUUCGAGAACGAGUAGCGCACGUCGAAAGAAGGCGACGACGACAUUACAGAAUAGUCAAACUCAACCAUCGACACGAAAGCUGCAGACCGGUCGGUAAAACUGGUGAUAUUAUCGUCGCGAGUCAUAAAAGUAAGCAGUCUAAUGAAGACGGAGAAAUACCGGUAAUGAAUAAAAACGUCGCUAGUGCGGUCUUGACAAACCACAAGCACGAAGACCACAGUGCUAGAAGAACUUAUAGAAGUCAUGACCGCCUGACCUAUCCCUGGUUAAGAAAAAAGAAAUGUAGACAAGACGACUGCUCGCCAGGACCAAGUUCUGCCGUAUAUCAUUCAACUAGUAAGAGCCCUACGUAUUGUUAUCAAACAUCUAACGCUAUAAAAAUAAACUGUGCAGGGACUCCUGAGAAAAUUCCAAAAGAUACGACCAGUACGAGUAAUUCUUCCGAUACUAAAAAUAUGAAACCACCUCGGCUGUUGGCUAAAAAAGAUUCUUUGCGUCGCAAAUUUUCAGCGAGAAGUAAACCAAAUCUGGAACAUUACAUAUUACUGCCUACAUUGGUUGUGCGAACGCCUUCUAAUGUAAAGCGACAAAAGAAAUUUAAUGAAUUGUACCACCGCGUAUUGAAUGGACACCUUAAUAAUGAGCAAAACAGUGGUGCAGCCUCGGAAUAUUCUAGAAACCGCAGACCCAAUCCGAGCAGAAGAGAUAUUGGACUGAACAUUAACAUCACUGUUACUGAUAGCGAAGAAAACAUAAGUAGAAAAUUAUCAUAACUCGGCCCCCUUACUAACUUUAAUUGGAUGUCCGUUUGUUUUGGAAACAUUCUAAUUAAUUAAAACAUUUGUUUAAUUCAGAAAUAAAUACAUUUGUUCUUAAAAAAUUAAAA